AUGAAUAUCCUUAAUUCGUCUCCUUACGUUCACACUUUAGCGAAAAAAUACCAUGGCCUCCGUUGUGCUCAGUGCACCGUAUCGAAGCCAAAACUAUCUCGCUGCGCUGGCUGUAAGCUCCAAUAUUACUGUUCCAAGGAUUGCCAGAAAAGUGCGUGGAAGUGGCAUAAAGAAGAAUGCAAAAUGCUUAAGUCAGAGAAAUCGAUACCAGACGACAUUACAAUGUUUCUCGGACGAAUAUUGCUCAGAAUAGAGAGCGAAUUUGGCGAUGGAGAGGAGCCUAGCGCGAAAUUAGACACGCUGAUUCAUGUUUUACAGCUGGAAUCGCAUUAUGACCGACUCGAUCCCUCACAACAGGAAGAUCUGGGUAUUUUCUUGAUGAAAUUCACUCGUUACUGGAAGAAGCCAAUUCCCCGUGGAGUUCUCGGCUCGCGAAAGCUUCUGGAUUUAGUUGCAGCGAUCAAAAACAACCAAUUCGCGAUUUGCGAUGAGGAAGCGUCUAAUUGUGACAUCGGCUCAGCUCUUUACCUGGAUCAAUCGUUGCUGAACCAUUCUUGCAAGCCGAACGCGUUUCCUGUUUUCAACGGAACGAAUUUGAUCAUCAAGGCGCUGGAGAAAAUCGCGCCCGGGGAGGAGAUCAAAAUCGCUUACACUGACACCAAAGCUGUUACAGCGGACAGAAGAGAGUAUCUUAACAGUAUUUACAGAUUUAUAUGCGCCUGUCCAGGCUGUACAAAUGGACACGAAGCUGACUCAAAGAAGUUGGAAGACAACAAAGGCAACGUUAUGAAACCGUCGACGCCGCUUUGGCAAAGUGCCGAAACGAUGAUUUCCGACAUGGAGGAGUUCAAAACCAAGAAAGAGUGGACACUUAUGAAUGAGGCGGCGAAGGGCUGGCUCGCACGCAAAAUGUUCCCAGAGGAAAAUAUAUAUUGGAUUCGACUACAGGAGUAUGCAUUUGAUGCUGGGAUCGAGACCCAAGACUGGUCUCUCUGUCUUUCUACUGGCGCUAGUUUGAUCAUCUCCUACAAAGAGCUUUAUGGAUCAAUGCAUCCAACUCUCGGUCUUCAUUUGAUGAAGUUUGCGAAGAUCUUACUUCACAUCGAGAAACCAAACGAAGCAGAAGAAUACUUCCGACGCGCGUUUGGGAUAAUUAGUUUAUUCUAUGAACCAGAUUCAACCGUCCGAAAGCACUUGCUCGAACUGAUCAUGGAAGCAUAUGAACUCGCCCAAGUUCAAGAGGACAAGGCUGCUGAGGAGCAGAAAAAGAAGGACAGGCCUGUCGGACCUGAUGGAAAACCAAAGCUAAAGAAUCUGUUCGCCGAGCUCAAGGCUAACGGACAGAUUUGA